GAGCCCGGCCAGGGGCGAUGCGGCUGCCGGAGAGCGAUGGAGAAACUGGCCGCCGGGCUGGCCCAGAUCAGCUGGAGCUCGGGGGCGCUGCCCCUGGAUGUGAUCGUCAGCAAGUGCCGCCUGCCCACGCUGGUGCGCCUGGGGCCAGGAGAGUACGUGGAGGGGGUGAGUGACCAGGACGUGCUCCUCAUUCACUCCUGCCGCCAGUGGACCACGGUGACGGCUCACAGCCUGGAGGAAGGGCACUACGUCAUCGGGCCCAAGAUCGACAUCCCGCUGCAGUACCCAGGGAAGUUUAAGCUGCUGGACCAAGACCGGGACGUACGCGAACCCGUUCAGUAUUUCAACAGCGUGGAGGAGGUGGCCAGCAGCUUCCCGGACCGUGUCUUCGUCAUGGAGGCCAUCACCUUCAGCGUGAAGGUGGUGUCCGGGGAGUUCAGCGAGGACAGCGAGGUCUACAACUUCACGCUGCAGGCGGGCGACGAGCUGACGCUGAUGGGCCAGGCCGAGAUCCUGUGUGCCAAGGCGGCGAAGGAGAAGUGGCGCCUCCCCACCCUCCUGCGCAAGCUGGGCAAGGGGAGCCCGCUGGGCAGCAAGCCGGCCAAGGGCAAGGUGCCCUGCCUGAUCUGCAUGAACCACCGCACCAACGAGAGCCUCAGCCUGCCCUUCCAGUGCAAGGGCUGCUUCAGCACCCGCAGCCCGCUGGAGCUGCAGAUGCGGGAGGGCGAGCACACCAUCCGCAGCAUCAUCGAGAAGGUGCGGCUGCCCGUCAACGUGGCGGUGCCCGGCCGGCCCUCGCGCAACCCCUACGACCUGCACGCCAUCCGCGAGGGCCACUGCUACAAGCUGCUCAGCAUCAUCUCCAAGACGGUGGUGCUCAGCUGCAUCCUGCGCCAGGAGGCCGUGGUGCCCUUCCACUUCCUGCUGCUGAGCGAUAUGCCCCGCUUCGCCCUGCCCCAGGGGCUGCUCUGGGGCGACCCCCAGCUGGAGAAGCUGCUGCGGGACAGCGCCGCCCUCUGCCAGGAGCGCUUCGACCCCGACGAGUACUCCAAAGCCGUGCGGGAGGCCAAGCCCGACCUGUCGGAGGAGUGCGCCAGCCCCCGGCGCAUCCGCCUCUGCCUGCAGGGCUGUGCCCACGAGGAGCUGGCUCCGGCCUUCCAGCGCCUCUCGCUCUGCAUCUACAGCGGGGGCUCGGCCCACGCCCCCGAGGACCCCCUGGCCGUGCCGGGCGGGCAGGCCCCGCAGCUGCUCCUGCCCCGCCGUGAGCGCUCGGCCCCGUCUGAGCUCCCCGACUCGGAGCGGGAGUACGUGACGCCCGAUUGGGCCGAGCCCGAGUUCAGGACUCAGGAGCCGGUGGAGAUCCCCUACGAGGAGCUCUGGGCCAACCAGAACCCGGAUGACUUCUCGGAGCCCAGCGGCAACCCGCCGGGGCUGGGCAGCGCCAACAAAGGGCAGCGCGACCUCAUGUCCUUCGCCGCCUCCUCUCCACUGGGCUCCCCCCACCGACCCGCCCUGCGUGGGGAGGAGCCCGGGGGCGAGACGCCGCCUCCCGUCCCACCCAAAUCCGAGGCGGUGAAGGAGGAAUGCCGCCUGCUGAAUGCCCCCCCCGUCCCGCCCCGGGGCAGCCGGCCCCACGCCGCCUCCAGCCCACCCGUCCCCCUGCGCUUCCCAAAGCUCCAGCCGGCGCACUCGCCCAGUCCCAGCGUCUCGUACUACUCGGCCGGGCUCCACGACGCGUCAGGGACGCGGAGCGGGAGCUGCUCGCCCUCCCCGGACUCCUACUCCCUCUACUGCUACCCCUGCACCUGGGGCGACUGCAAGGCCGGGGACUCUGCCGGCCGCCAGCUGCCGGGGACCCUGCCGCCCAGCACCCAGCCCAGCCAGACGUCCUGGUCGGACCCCUGGGCCUACGCCGACACGGGCCCCAGCGUGGCCAGCGGGCGCUCCACGCCCCUCCUGGGGGGCGACGCCCCCAUCAAGACCUACCACAGCUGCCCCCGCCUCAAGGCCCCCCACCCCCAGAAACGCUUCGCCCCUUUCGGGGCCCUGAACCCCUUCGCCAACCCCGCCUACUCGCCCAGCCCCUCCUCCUCCACCGAGUGGCUGGAGGCCCUGGACUGGCAGAAGCCCCCCUCUGCGCCCACGCCGGAGACCUUCGACCCCUUCGAGAGCGCCUCCCCCGAGUCGGAGCGCUGCUACAGCCAGGAGGGCUGGGGGGGGGCGGGCGGCGCCUGCCCCGCCCCCCCGCCCCGGCCCCCCAAGAGCCUGGAGACGGAGAGCCUGGUGAUCCGCAGCACGGCGCCGCUCUCGCCCACCAUCGUGCGCGGGGCCGAGGGCGGCGUCACCCGCGUCUACCUCACGCAGGGCGUCAUCGAGGUGCCGCCGGCGUCGGCCCCGCGCAGCAGCCCGGGCGAGAGCGCCAGCCACGUGCCCGGCGCGCCCCGGCUGAACGGCGACGGCUCGGCCUGGCAGCCCCCCGCCGACCUGGCGGCGCUCUCCGUGGAGGAGGUGUCCCGGUGCCUGCGCUUCAUCGGCCUCUCCGAGGACGUGGUGAGCUUCUUCGCCCGCGAGCGCAUCGACGGCAGCAUCUUCGUCCAGCUCCCCGAGGAGAUCCUCGCCGACGACUUCCGCCUCACCAAGCUGCAGGUCAAGAAGAUCAUGCAGUUCAUCAAGGGCUGGCGACCCAAGAUCUAGUGCGAGGCCUGGCUCGUGGCAUGUGGACGUGGGGCCCGGCUCGUGGCACGUAGACGUGGGGCCUGGCUGGUGGGCUCGGCCCGUGGAUGUGGGCCCCUGCUGGUGGGCUCUGCCUGUGGACGUGGGACCCGGCUGGUGGGCUCGGCCCGUGGACGUGGGACCCGGCUGGUGGGCUCGGCCCGUGGACGUGGGACCCGGCUGGUGGGCUCGGCCCGUGGACUUGGGGCCCUGCUCGUGGGCCUGGCCCGUGGACAUGGGGCCCAGCUUGUGAGCCUGGCCUGUGGUUGUGGGGCCUGGCUGGUGGAUGCAGCCUGUGGGGUUGGGGUGGGCCCCCACACAAUGACCCAUUGCCUACGAUGGGCUCUGUGGCUAGACCUGGCUCGUCGGGGUGGGGCCCUGCACAAUGACCCAGUCCAUGGGGGCCAGGCCCACGUGUACAGAUGUGGGGCCUCCAGUGUGCACAGCCCUGCCGAGGGGCCUGGGAGCAGCCCACUGGCACUGGGGCCCCGAGCACCCAGACCUGUCAUGGGACGGGGCCCCCGGCUCUGGACCACGAGGAGCUUUGCUGUCAGCUGCAGCUGGCCUGGUUCCCCUGGGGCCUCGUUCCCUUCCACCCCAUUGCUUGAUCCCCAUUACACCUAUGCUCGGGGGGGGGGGUGUGGAUCCCAGGGCCUCCUCCCCCCACCCCACCCUGAUAUCAUGCUGCCAUCCUCCCUCUCUGCCCUGAGCCUCCCUCUAGUCAGCAUGUGCCAUGACAGCCUCCUGGGGGCGCUGCAUCCCCUAAAUCUCCCCCACCCCCCGAUUCAGUGUCGCCCCCUGUGUGCCCAGUAGGCAGCGGGUGCUGGGCCUUAGUGGGUGGCUGCCCCCCACACCCCCGGAGGAGCGGAGCACAAGUGGGCAGCAGGGCUGGGCAAGGCGUCGGCCUGGAAGGGGGCCCGGGAGCAAUGACGGGUCUGGCUGUGGGCACAGAGGGCUGGGGGCAGUGCUGAGAGCUGGCUGGCUGGGGGACUGGGGCACACUGCACCCCAGAAGGGCUAACACAGCCCUAGCCAGGACCUGCCCUGUCAGCGUGCAGGGCUGGGGUUUGGAGUGCCAGGCUGUAUAUGCCGGCUCACCCCCUCCCGGCCCCGAGCACGGGGCCCAGCCCAGACGCAGCGGCGGGGCCAAGCCUUGCCCUGGACAGCUGAACAGAGACGCGUGCCCGAGCCCCAGGCCUGCCUGCAUUUAACAGCGGGGCCUCCCUGCUGCCUUAGCAGAGUUCGCUGCAAUUCAUUUCCUUGUGAAUUUGGUGGGCUGCCUCUCCCCCCUCGUCCCCCCGCAGGGGCAGGGGCCUGCCUGUGCUCCUGCUUGGCUGCAGGAAGCUCCCUGAGUGGCUGGGUUACUGCCCGUUCAUUGCCCCCAAGGACCGGUAUGCAGCCCAGCCCCCGCCGGGCUCCGUGGCAAGGGGCAGGCCGUGCCCGCGGGCAGCACUGCAGGCUGGGCUGGGGCGUUUCAGUCCGAGCUUUUCACUCUGCCCCCUGCCGGCUGGCACCGCAGCUCAGGCAGGAGGAGGGGUGCUUGGCCCUGCAGAGCGCGGCAGCCAAGAGCCGUGCCCCAGCUACUGCCCAGGGACCUCAGAGCGCGAGGGGCAGGAGAGAUUCCCACGCUCUCCCCACGGGGGCUAAGGGAGGGACUCAGAUUCCCCCCUCUAGCCCCGAGCGGCUGGUCAGGUCUCUGCCCCCGGGCCGGGACUGGCACCUGUGGGCUCCUGCGGCCGCACCAGGCUAGGGAGCCAGUGGUUCCUGCUGCCGCUCCCCGGGCAUCUCAGCCACGGCAGCUUCCUGGGCCUGCGCGACCGGUGCAAGGCCUCUCUCCUGCUGGCUGGGGCGCCCGAGCCCGCAGCACCGGGCAGGACUGGGGGGCAGUGGUGCAGGCACCAUGCUUCUUACCCAGCCAUUCCCACUGCCCCCCAGCCUGCCCUCCCCCCACCGUGCAGCUGCCCCUGCCCGCGGGGGUCAUCGCGCCUCGGGGCACGUACAGGGCACAUGGCAGGGCCCCCGCCCCAGCGGCCGCCUGGCAGCUGUCGGGGUGCCCGGAGAUACCGCUAGCACCUUCUGCUUGGGGCAAGCCCCCAGCACAUGGCUGCAAACCAGCGUGGCCUUUGGGACAGCGUCCGAGCCCCGGCGCCAGCAUCCGAGCCGCGUCUCUAGCCUGCCACCCACCCCAGCACUUGAGCUAAGAGGACCCAGCCCGCCCCGCCCUCGGCCCCGGUGCGGGGCCUGCCGCUCGCUCGUCGUUAACUGCCGGGGGGUUUAACUCGCCUGCCGCAGGGGCUGGGGUAUUCAGCGGCCUGCGGCUGCUCGCCCGCCCGGCCCUGUCAAGGAGCUUGGCUCCGGCUGGCUCAGUUCAGGCGCCCGGACGCUCGCCCCUCGUUCGGGUUAACGCCGGCUAGUGCCGCGCUCUCAGCCCCACCGGGCGGGGCCGGGCUUGGGUUUGGUUCUGCUGGUUUAACUUAAUCCUUGUGGAUUAGUGAAAUAAAGAUUUUAAAAGGCAGCCCCGGCCCACGGGAACGGCUGUUUGCAGG